UAAGAAGAACUUUAUGAUUGGAGCUCAUUUUUUCCUCCCUUUCCGGGGUUGUGUACUCGAAAUAAGUAGUGAAGCGUGUAACGUGCAGGAGAAGGGGUUCAGAAGUGUUGAUUGAUUGUAUCUCUGACUGAGAUGACUGAAGGAAGAGGCUGCUGGAUCUGCUCGGUGUAGCAGAGAAACCGAGUUUCCAGAGCAGCAGAGAUCCAGUGUUUAGCUCCAGGACAUGGAGCCGGAGCUGCUCACCGAGGUGCCGGCGGCGCUCAAGCGUCUGGCCAAGCAGCUGGUGCGGGGCUUCUACGGCGUGGAGCACGCCCUGGCCCUGGACGUGCUGAUCCGCAACCCCUGCGUGAGAGAGGAGGACAUGCUGGAGCUGCUCAAGUUCGACCGCAAGCAGCUGCGCUCCGUCCUCAACACGCUGAAGGCCGACAAGUUCGUCAAGUGUCGCAUGAGAGUGGAGACGGCCCCCGACGGCAAGACCACGCGCCACAACUACUACUUCAUUAACUACAGGGUGAUGGUGAACGUGAUCAAGUAUAAACUGGACCACAUGCGGAGGCGUAUAGAGACGGACGAGCGUGACUCUACGAACCGCGCGUCGUUCCGGUGUCCCUGCUGCUCCUCCGCCUUCACCGACCUGGAGGCCAACCAGCUGUUUGACCCCAUGACGGGCACGUUCCGCUGCACGUUCUGCCAGACGGAGGUGGAGGAGGACGAGUCGGUGUGUCCUGACGCCCGGACCCAGGUGGCCCGCUUCAACGAGCAGAUAGAACCCAUCUACGUGCUGCUGCGGGAGACGGAGGACGUCAACCUGUCCCACGACCUGCUGGAGCCGGAACCGUCGGAGAUCCCUGCCCUCAAACAGAGCAGGGAGCGAGCUGCAGCUGCUGGAGCGGCUGGACACCGGGAGGUGUGGGCCAACAAGGGCUCGUCCUACGCCGACCUGUACACCCAGAACGUGGUGAUCAGCAUGGACGACCAGGACGAGCAGCAGAAACAGGCCAGCGAGGGCAAGGCCCCCAAGGAGCGGCCGGUGUGGCUGACCCAGAGCACCGUGCAGGGGGCCUACAGCGAGCCCGACGCCCUCAAGAGCCUUGAGAGUGCUGGCCCCGGAGCCCCGGAUGGAGCCGCCGGUCCCGGCGCUGGUCCGGCCGAUGAGAACGAGGAGGUGAUGCGAGCUCUGCUCAUCCACGAGAAGAGGAGCGGUGCCGGGGCGGGGGCCGGGGCCGGGGCGGGGGGGGCCGGGGCCAGGGGACCCACCUCCACCCCGGCCAACGCCAGCGACUCGGACAGCGACACCAGCGAGUCGGACGACGACGCCCCCUCCCUCCCUGCAGCCGCGGCCCAGCAGCGCCCCCCGCAGGACCACGAGGAGGAGGACGAGGACGACUUUGAGGAGGUGGGGGACGAGCCCAUGGUGACGGUGGGGGGCCGGCCCUUCUCCUACCGGGAGGUGAGCCAGAGGCCCCAGCUGGUGGAGCAGAUGACCCUGCAGGAGAAGGAGGCCUACAUCGAGAUGGGACAGAACCUCUUCCAGGACAUGUACUUUUAACACACGGAGAACACUGGAGAACAUUCACCUCUGCACACACGGAGGAGCAGCUGUACGGAUCAGCUGCUGCUGAUAUCUGGGACAAUGCUUUCACAAUCAUCUUGAUCACAAAUAAAACCUGCUAACAAGCCUCAUGCUCUGUUUCUGCUUUUUCCUUUUUUAAAAGAAAAAUAAAUUAGUGUUUGCCUCCCUGAUCAUGUGUCUAGUAUUUUGGGAGCUGGUUAGUAGUG